AUGGAACCUUUUCAAGAUCCAUCAGAGUUAGAUAAUUUUAGGAGGAAACUGGGCUUCGAUAAUGCAGGUGUAAACUGUUCGGGGAAAAUUUGGUUUUUUUGGAUAUCGGAGUGGGAAGGUAUUAACAUUUUAGACACUGUGCAGCAAGUCACCAUCAAAUUCAAAAUUGACAUCAAGUUUCUUCUUAUUUCUGUUGUAUAUGCUAGAUGCAAUGCUUUGGAAAGACUUGAACUUUGGGAAGAGCUAGAAAGAAUUAAUGACAGAGAUCGAUGCCCAUGGAUUAUUGGGGGCGAUUUUAAUGUUAUUUUAAAUGAAGAGGAGAAACUUGGAGGGCUUCCUUUUACUCAGCAUGAGGCCAUAGAUUUUGCAUCAUUCAUCUGUAUGUGUGCUCUAUCAGAAGUUCAUACGAUUGGAAGCAACAUUACUUGGUGGAAUGGGCAGAUUGAAGAGGAGUGUAUUUUUAAAAGGCUUGACAGGAUCUUGGUGAUCCAGGAAUUUGAAGAAGUGUUUCCAUCGUCAGAGACACCACAAAAAUUUCAAGAAGAUUGUGGAAGAAAACAGGAAGGUAGAUUUUGUGGGGAAUCCGUUCAUAGAAUUUCAAGCAAAGAUGAAAAAGCUAAAAAGGCCCUGGCUGGUUGGAGUAAAGAAGUUUUUGGCAAUGUUUUUCAACAAAUUGCCACUAUUGAAGAUGUCAUUAAGGUAAAAGGAAGCUCAACUGGAGAUUCAGCCUUCAGAAAGCAAUAA